AUGAUGGCACUAUCCCAACAAAGUAUCAACGAAUUCUGCAAGAAUCUUGCUGCAAAGCAACCUACUCCAGGUGGUGGUGCCUCUGCCGCCAUGGUCGCUGCCAUUGGAGCCGCCACUGCUGCCAUGUCGGCCGCCUACACCCAACGAAAGAAAGAUGAAGAAAGUGGAGCUGCCGAACAUGCCCGUCAGCUGGUGGAGAAGAUGAAUAUUGCUGAACUUGAAGCGAUGGCUGAUGACGAUGAGAAGGCCUACAAGGAUCUUCAAUCAACAUGGAAGAAGGACUGCACAUUGUCGGAAGAAGAAAUCAAAGCCAUUCAAGACCGAGCACUCAAAGUUCCAACCGUCUUGGUAGAAGCUUGCCAUCAACGAAUUCUUGCAGUCAACGAAUUCUUGCCACAUUGCAAUCCGAAUAUCACCUCCGAUGCCAAGGUUGGGAUCCACAGUUUGGCAGGGGCAGCUCGGUCAGCAUAUCAAACCGUAUUGGUCAACACACCACCAGAAGAUGAAAAGAAGAGAAUCUGUGGUCUACUGCUAGAGAUUGGAGCUAUUGAACAAGAUAUGUUGAAGUUGGAAUAA